GCUAGCUCAUGAUCAACCAGACAUUCCAUGAUUCCAUCGCCUAUAAAUGGAGCCACGUUCGAGUCCAACCCAAGCAAAAGCAAAGCAAAAUGAACACAUGCUGACAUCAACACCGAUCCAAACCUAACUAUACAAUCUCUAGCUAGUUAGGUAAUUAACCGGCGAGCUACACAUACGUAGAUCGAUCGACAGAUCCUCGACAACAAUGAAGGAGCUGAUCCGGCGGCUGAGCUUCUCGGACCGGUCAGCGAGCGUCGUGGACGGCGACGAUCGACCGUCAUCACCAUCUUCUACGGCAACGAUGAGGCAGCUGAUCCGGCGGCUGAGCUUCUCGGAGCGGGCGGGGAUGGACGGCGCCGUGCCGCGCGGGUGCGUGCCGGUGCUGGUGGGCGAGGAAGGGGAGCGGUUCGUGGUGCGCGUGGAGGCGCUCCGGCACCCGUCGCUGGCUGCGCUGCUGGAGAUGGCGGCGCAGGAGUUCGGGUACAAGCAGCAGGGCAUCCUCCGCGUUCCCUGCGCUGUCGCCCAGUUCAAGCAGGCUCUCACCGCCGCCGUCGUCUCUACCAAGAAUUAAUUAACAAACAACUGUGGAUUAAUUAUUGUUAUUUUGAUAAUGUCUCUGCUUAAUUUAAUUAACAAGAUCCGUCGAUCUAGUUCUUCGGCCGGGUAGUUGAUUAAGGAGAGUAAUAAUUCUUGUUCUUUGGUGCUAUCUGUUGACUAGUUGACUCCUAUCCUACUUAGUUUCCUCUUUUCUCUUUCUUAUUAUUCAUUAUAUUUGUUCUAUUUUGGCAUGAGAGGAUUGCCAACUUUGUUAUCAAAUCCGUUUUGCUAUAGCACAGUUGCCUGUUUUUUGAUAAA